AUGGAUGUCAUCGGUCCUAUUAAGCCAUCCACAUCAAAUGGACACAGGUUCAUUUUGGUAGCUAUUGAUUACUUCAAUAAAUGGGUAGAAGUAUUUUCACAUAAGUCUGUGAUAAAGAAGGUGGUGACAGAUUUUGUUCGCAAUAACAUAGUUUGUAGAUUUGGCAUCCCCAAUUCAAUUAUAACACAUAAUGGAGAUAAUCUCAAUAGUGGUUUGAUGCAUGAGAUAUGUGAGAAGUUCCAAAUUAUUCACCACAAUUCCACUCCUUAUCGACCUCAGAUGACUGGAGCAGUUGAGGCUGCCAACAAGAAUAUCAAAAUAAUAUUACGGAAGAUGAUUGAUAAUUACAAGCAUUUGCACGAGAAUUUGCCAUUUUCCCUCAUCGGCUAUCGCACCACAAUUAGGACUUCAACUGGGGAAACACCUUAUCUUUUGGUUUAUGGAACAGAAGGAGUAUUACCAAUGGAAGUUGAGAUACCAUCCUUGAGAAUAAUCCAAGAAGCUGAGUUGAGUGAUGCCAAAUGGAUACAAAGCCGAUAUGAAUAG